ACCCCCUGUUGGGCGAUAAGAGCAGGGAGAGAAACGGGAUAUUGUAGGUUGGCAGCUUGGCGAGGCUGUCAGUGUUUUAAUCAGCGCUGUUCGGCUGGAGUUGCACUUCCUGUGCGGGAUUUUUAUUUUUUCAUAGGUUACUUUUAAUUGUAUUGGUACAUAAAUGAUGGCGUCGCGGGCAACGGACUAAAGAGACUUUUUUUAAACCAGUCUUUUAGCCGUUGUAGUCACUGCACUUACAAACAAAAGCCUAGUGCGGGUCUUGCGGUCCUUCACAGAGGAAAUUCUGCACCUGCUUCGACUGAAACUGCAUCACUGCGUGAAACAACAGUUUACACAUAUACAGCAAACCUGCAAAGUGGGGUCAAACAGCAAGCCACUGCAGCCAGUUAGCUAACUCGGCUACGUCAAGAACUUUUGAGGGCGAGCUCCCGUUAUCAUCUCGGGAAAUCAGCCGUGUUUUUUCACUCAUUCCGCAGUAACCGCAGUCUGAAUAACCGCACACGGGAGGUGAACUUCACACGGUGCUUGCUGCAGUUGGUAAAGUUGGGCAUCGUCCAGCUAGCUCCUAAGACAUGCUCGUUUUUUUCCAAUGUGACUCAGUGGCUGCUCAUGAAGGUAACGUAUCGGCAGCUCGGGUGUUGCCUGGCCGUCGUCGCUUUCUCUGUCCCGUCAACAAAUAAAGGUCGAUCAAUCCAAGUUCACCACCUUCCCCGUCGGAUUUGUCUGUAGUAUGAUGGGAUCUCUGAAGGCUCUCCAGGAGUGGUGUCGGAUACAGUGUGAGAACUACAACGAUGUGCAAAUUAAGGACAUGUCUACGUCCUUUCGAGACGGGCUGGCGUUUUGUGCCAUUAUUCAUCGCUUCAGACCAGAUCUGAUAGAUUUUGGCUCACUGACUAAGGAGAAUGUCUAUGAGAACAACCGCCUGGCGUUUGAAGUGGCUGAGACUGAACUGGGGAUUCCAGCCCUGUUGGACCCAGAAGACAUGGUGUCUAUGAAAGUGCCUGACCGGCUUAGCAUCAUCACAUACGUGUCCCAGUAUUACAACUUCUUCAACAACAAGUCUCAGGCAAACCCUCCUUGUAUGAAGAGGCUCAGUACUGCUGGUCUCAAUGAGCCAGCCCAGAAAAGGCCUGUAACUCCUCUGGAAGAUAAGACUGAGUCCGUGCAGACAGGCACCGAAGCGGUUGCGGCAGUCAAGCGGAGCACUCUCAGCAGCACCUGCGCCGCCUGCCAGAAACACGUCCACCUGGUGCAGAGAUUUUUGGUGGACGGCAAGCUCUACCAUCGCAACUGUUUCAAGUGCACUGAGUGUCACAGGACACUGCUUCAUGGAUCCUACAAAUUAGAAAGCAACUCUGGGGCACUUGUCUGUGCACAUCACCUUAAUAGGAAUGCUUUAUCCAACCAGAAUGGCCAGCCCGAUCUUAGUAAGAGACCAGUGUCGGGACAGUCUGCUAGGACCGGUUGCAGCACAGUUCCUCACAUGGCGCCCUCUGAUGGCUGCCAGGCAAAGACUCCAGUACAGGAAACGAACGAUUCUGACGUUCCAGCCGAUGACUCGGUCACGGUCGCUCCCGUUACAACAAGCAAAGACGGUUUAGAAAAAACAGAUGAAGACAGUACCAGCGAAGCAGAGGAGAAACCACGAUCUGCCACACCUCCCAACCCUUUCGAUGAGAGCGACGAUGAAGAGGAGGAGGGAGAGAAAGAAGAAGAAGAAACUCAAACACCAGCCAAACACACAGCAAAUGGAGACCUCCCUUCUACACCUCAUGUUGAGGUUACCGGUCGGCCAGUGCCUGCACCCCGCCGGGUUUCUGAUCCCAUCCCUCCACCUCGCCCUGUGCCACGGGCUCGACUCUCCCGCACAGCAGACGGUCCUGCAGUCGGUGAAACUCAGAAGCUUCCACUUCCUCCCAAACCCAGAGGAAGGUCACAGUCUCCUGCAAGUGGCACCCAUAAACCCAAAGACCCACCUUGGCUCGCACUGGUUCAGUCAGAACCCAAGAAGAAGAAAGCACCAGCCCCUCCCCCUCCCCCUGCUGGACUGGCAACACCUCCAAACACAGGCUCUUUGUCCUCUCUCAAAGGGGAGGGCUCCAGACCCAGCACGCCCCCCCAGUCCUCCAACCCGUUCGAGGACGACGACGACGACGAAAAUAACGAGGGAAAUGGGGAAGAAGGGAGUGAGGGAGGAGCACCUCCACCUACGGUGGUGUCUAGUCACCCAUGGUACAGCAUCACUCAGGCAGCAGACACAGUGGGUGCAGACACUCCCACUAAUAAACGAAGUUCAUCCCGCUCUGUCAGUCCUGCAAGCACCAAGAGCAAGAAACGGCCUGCACCUCGUGCUCCUCGGCCACCCACCGGUAACCAAGUUCUCUCUCAUUCUCAGUCCUCCUCUUGCUCCCCCUCUCCAGCUCUCAGUACAGAGAGUUUGUCUUCAGGCUCAGACUACAGCUCCUCUCAGCUCCCUUUAGCUGGCGGUGGCAGCAGCGACCAGGAACACAACUUCACCAAAAGCGUCUCCGAGCCUUCCAUCUGCUCACCGAACGACUCCAAGCCUUCCCCUUCUUCCUCCUCGACUGAGCAUCUCCGUCAGCCUUCUCCAAGCCCCGCCCCUUCUCCAGUACCAGCAAAUGCCAGCUCAGCUCCAGCCACUCCACAGACCAAUCGCAACCCAGUGACCAAGGCUCCUCGACCUCCACCACCACGACCCAGCAACCCCAGCCCACUGGCCUCAGAGGCCACCCAGUCACAAAACAAGCGGAUAUGUAAAGAGAACCCCUUCAACCGAAAAGCUUCGCCCUCUCCUGCCAAUUCUAAAACCAGACCGCCAAAAGGCCCCCGUCCUGCUAGACCCCCGGCUCCCGGUCAUGGCUUCCCACUUAUUAAACGCAAGGUGCAGUCAGAUCAAUACAUCCCAGUUGAGGACAUCCAUGGGGAGAUGAGUCAGCUGGAGAAGCAGCUGGAUGAGCUGGAGCAGAGGGGAGUGGAGCUGGAGAAGAAGCUCAGAGACAAUCCAAACGAUGAAGAUGAGGAGCACUUGUUGGUGGACUGGUUCACCCUAAUUCAUGAUAAACACCUUCUUGUCCGACGGGAAGCUGAGCUGGUCUACACGGCGAAGCAGCAGAACCUGGAGGAGAGGCAGGCUGAUGUGGAGUACGAGUUGAGGUGUCUUCUCAACAAACCAGAGAAAGACUGGACCGAGGAUGACAAGAGUCGGGAGCAGGAGCUGAUGGCUGAGCUGGUUACCAUCAUUGAACAGCGCAACCAAAUAGUCAACAGCAUGGACGAGGACAGGCAGAGGGAGGAAGAAGAGGACAAACUUAUGGAAGAGAUGCUGAAGAAAAAAGACUUUCAGAAGGAUCCAGACAGCGAUCACCAGAAGAAAAAAGGGGCAAAGUUUAAACCCAUCAAGGUGCUCAAGCGUCUGAGCCAUAAAGGAGAACCGGGAAAGAGUCCCAGCCCGCGUAAGGAGAAGAGCUGAACAGCAGAGGACACGUCUAGCUCAAGAGGAUAUUUGAAGGACUACUAUUUUAAGAAGACUAAAGAAUUUUGAUAGAAGAUUAUGACAUUCAGUUGCCUUUUAGUGUCUGACAGCAAGUGCUUUAAAAAGUUUAGGCUCUGAAUAUUCAAACUAGUGGCAUGUUGGGUGGGUUUCUGUAUUACUGCACUGAUUACUUUUUGCUUUAACAUCCCUGCAUUGCACAGUGACUCUGCUCUAUAGGCCUUCAGCAAAGAUGUGAUAUGUCAGCUUGCGUUGAUCCCUGAUAUCCUUGAGUUUUUAAUGUUUUUAGUUUUACUUGCACCCUCUUGAGUAGUGGUCUCCUUUGCUCCUUCAAAGGUGCACGUUUUUGAGGUUUUAUAUCAUGUUUGGGUUGAGCCCAUGGUACUAGUAGCAAUAAGUUUGUCUUUUUUGUUGUUUUUUUUCCAGAUGAAACUUGCUUGAAACUGCAGCAUCUACUCUUGAAAAGCUCAAUCAAAGACUUCUAGCUGCUAUAUAUACACAUAUUUUAUUUGUGUUUGUGUGUAUUUUAGUUUCUUCAGUAGUAGUUUUACAAUUGUGUUGGUGCUUGUCAUCAAAGCAUUACACAAACAUAGAUAUAGUAUUUAUAAGUGGGUUAGACUGGAGGAGAAAAUUAGACGAGUAACGAACUGCAGACAAAAAACAAACUGCCGGUUAGUUUUAAACGGGACUUAUUCAUUUUCCAAGGAAAAGCAGGAUAGGUGUCCUUUUAUUAUGGAAGGUAACAGAUGCAAUAUUGAAUUUCAGAAGAAGAAAGUAUACAGUAUUUUAUCAACUGUAGCAAAAGCCCAGUUUAUAACGGUUUUAACUAUCGAAGGAUGGACCUGAGGUAUGCAAUCAUUAAUUUAUAUUUUACUAUGCCUUUUUGUGCGUGUGUGUUUUGCCUUAAAGUAGUUUAUAUCGAGUGCCAUUUAUUUUAUUGCAUACAUCGUUAGUUCGAGCUAAUGUAAACGUGUUUACUCAUUCUGUUCGUGUUCUCGUCUCUUAGAUGAUGUAUUUGUCUUGUGUGGCUGUGUCUGUCUGUUUCUGCUCUGUGCCUAACUUCCUGUCCAGCUGAAACAAAGGGCUUCUGUGCCACCACAUUUUUGUCAUCUUGUACAUUGUCCUAAAACGGCAGCAGGACUGUGUGAAAUACUGACACUGGGAGGCAGAGGAAUAAAAGAAAUUCACACA